CUUCCAAAAUAUAAUUUUCAAUACAAACUUUUGAAAAUAUAAAACCAUAGGGUAAAAAUCAGUAGAUACAAAACCAAUAUUUCUACGUAUAAAUCACAUAAAAUAAUAUAAUUCUAAUAGUAUAGUGCUAAAAAAGUCUGAUAAUUUUUUAUUCGAUUUUAUACACACACACGCAACCACUAAACAGGAAUAAAUUUAUUAUUAUAAUAUUAAUAAAAAGAAUUGACAUUCUCUUACCUACUGUAAAAUGAAUAAAAUAAUUUAGCACUAAACCUUAGAAUCAAAUUCACCCCAACCGAUUUUAUCACUCAUUUUCUUGACGACGAAUUGUCAUGUUUACUUUGCAGAUAAAUCAAACAUUAUUAUCAAUCCUACGUUUUACUACAAAUAGAUAUGGAAUACCACGAAUUGCUGUUAAAAAGUGUCACUCUCCACUAAGAAAACUAUAUAUUCCUAGACUAUUGUACAUAAUAAACAAAAUAAUAAUUAAUAUAUUAAGGUGAUUGACAGUUGACUUUUAUCGAUCGUAUUUCACUACACUUGUGGUGCAUUCCUGAAAUACUCUUUUGGGCGUUCUACGUCACUCUAUAACGUCAUGACUAACGUUCACAACGACCCUUGUCAAGAGGUGGGUCGAUCGAUCUCAUUAGUUAAUGCGGUAUGAGAUCCUUUUGAAGCAUUCUUGUAACUCGCCACCAAAUAUUUUACUAUCGCCGCAGAAUAUAUUUUGAUUUUACUUUAAUGUAAAUCAGUUAAUCACUCAACUAAAACAUUUAAUAACUUACUUAUUAUAACAUAACCUCUUAAGGCUUUCGUUUUAUUUUUUCUAUUUUGACAUUCAUUAAUAUUUAUCUCAACGCUCAAAAUGCAUUCUAAGCCAUUCCACUUGUGUUUACGAUUAUAACGCUUUGGACUGAGUGGAACAGGAAAGAUCGUGAUUGUCGUCCGUGCUUAGUGGAAUGCAUCCUUGAAAUACGUAAUUCGAUUAUAAAAAUGAUCGAUUACUGAAAAAGUUCAUCUCACAAUCGAAGUAAUAUCUGUCUUUAAUAGUAAUUGUGUAUAUCGUAUUUUAUAUUGACAAUUACAUUAGAAUUUAAAUAAAUUUAUAAUUGCAUUGGGAGUAAUAUGUGCUUUGGAGUGUUUAAAAAUGUGUAAAUCUUGCUUAUCUAUAACAAAUCGUAAUGUGUAGGUGAAUUAAUAGCAGUUGAGAGCUAUUGAAAAUUUGAAACGAAUGAAUGAUAACAAAUGGCGAAAAAAAACAAAAACCAUCACUCCAAUUUCUUCGAAUGAUAGAAACAUGGAGAAUAAUAAUGGGGCCGACAUAGGGGAACCACAACUUGCUUUCAACAUUUGGUCAUCCGAUGAUGAGGGAUUUGAAGAUAAGUCCGGGCAAGAUCCAAAUCAAACUUUCCAUAAAAAAGAAAACCAAUCAACUAUUGCAAAUACUUCCAGUGGAAAAAAUACUAGUGUUGAGAAAAAUAUUAACAUUAUUCAGAAUAUAUCUUUACCUUCAAAUGAUUCUAUGAUGGCUAAUACAAAAAAAGCAGUUUCCAGCAAUAUACAACAAAAGGAUCCAAAAAAUAAAGCAAAUAUAUCGAUUCGAAGGACUACUGCAAGUGACAAAGGUCUAAAGUCAGGUUACAGUAAAACAAAUGAAAUCCCAUCAACAUCUGCUAAGAGCCCAGGUCCUCAAUCUCCUAAGAGUCCAAGUUCUCAAUCUCCUAAGAAAGAAGAGAAAAAAAUGAAUCCCGAUUUUCUAAAAGUUAUGAAUGGAUUGAUAUCUGAAGUAUUGAACUCGACUCAUUUAUCUUUUAUACUGAGUGAACAAGAAAAAAAAAUUUUUAAAACAAUAAUAACAAGUCGUCAAGAAUAUCAAUAUGUUUGUUAUAAACUUUAUAUGUUAACAUGGAAGUGGCGAAAUCUAUUCAAGUUUUGUGAAGAAAUUAAAUGUCGUUUAAAAGAAAAAGAAAUUAUUGAUUUGUUUCAAUUAAUGGUACAAAACGACAUUAUUGACACGGACUGGAAAAAAGAAGAUGUUACUACUCUGUUGAAUAUAUUACCGCAUUCAGAAGUUAAAGAUAUCUGUUCGAAGAUGGGAAUACUUGGAAAAACGAAAAAAGAUAUGAUGACAAAUUUGAUGCAGCAUUGUAACAAACAAAAGACGUUACCAUUCUGCAAGUCCUCGAAAGAAAUUGUACUGGAAAAGAUAAUGAAAAAAUUGGGAGAAUAUGUUGUGAGGAUUAAGGACACUUAUAAAAAUGCUUUUUACAAUAUAUUUGUAUUGGGUACUUUUACAAAUUCGAAGCUCCAAGAUAGAAAUCAAUAUUUCAGAAUCAUGCAGGAAUCAGAUUUUCCUGAGUAUACCAUUCAAGAUCACAUUGUGUUUUACACAAGGAAUGAUUUCGAAAAUUAUACCAAAGCAUGCGCCAAUCGAGAAGAAUUUGAAUUGUUAACAGUAUCCAAGGAUAGGGAGAUGAUGUACCAUAUGGGUAAAGACAUUAUCAACAUGUUGAAGAACAUCCUAUCAAAUGACAAUGAUGACGAUAGAUUUCAAGAGGCGCCACAUUUGAAACGAUUUACAGCUGUAGAAGUAUAUAAGAAAUUAUUAACUAAAAUAUGUGAUGCUUUGAAAAAACAUCAUUUCGAUGAUGUGCAUGAAUGGCUGAAAUAUUUAAUUGAAACCUUUCCGAAAUCGCAUAGAUUAGCCGAUUGGUAUUAUGAUUUAUCCAUAAUUAAUGAAACUAAUUGGAAAAACCCGGAAGGUGCUGCAAAUGUCAUAAUCCAAGCACUUGAAUUGAAAAAAGAAUAUUUGACCGAAACACAAAUUCAACAAUUAGGAGAAAAGGGAAGACAAUUGAAGAAAGCGAAAGGUGUAAGUCAAUUGAAUCAUGAUAUCAUUGUGAAAUUAUUACCCGUCGUAGCCGACUUGGAUGACUUCCCUCAGGUUACAAUCGACGCACCUGCUAUAAGAGGAAAGCCUGGUAGAAAGCGGCACUAUCCAGUGCAAAAUAGUGAUGGAAGUAAAGAGUACAAAUCUGUUGAACAAAUAGCUCUAGAAUAUUACGAAAGAUGCGGGUUUCCUAGUGGAGAACACUGUGAAGGAUCUAUUAUCUUGGCUACGUUCACCCUAUUUUUUUGGGACAUCAUCUACAAUCCCGAUAUUGUCGUUCCUGGAACGUUUUUAUCGCGUUACCAACAAUUUCCUUUGGACAUGUAUUCCACUUAUUUUUAUGUACACAGAAAAGAAUUGAUCGAUAAAAGAUUAAGAGAUUUAGCUGAAAAUUGGUCGGAUCAACAUACUCUUGAUUUUGUUACUGAACAUUGGAUAAAAUAUUCUCACAAAUCUGGAUUGACCAAUGUAGCUAACUACAUACCAAACAAAGAACAUUUGAACAGCAUCGUUUGUUGUAUAGGAAGAAAAUUGUUAUCAGGUAUCUAUCAAAGAUUAGUCAAAGAUCUUGGGCAGUACAAAAGCGGAAUGCCAGAUUUACUAGUUUGGAAUGAACAUGACAAAAAGGCUAAAUUUAUAGAGGUCAAAGGGGAAAAUGAUAAACUAUCUGUUAAACAAAAGUUGUGGUUAAAAUAUCUGAUAUCAAUUGGUGCAGAUGUUGAAGUUUGUCAAGUACAUACAAUUGGAUCAAAGAAAAACUUAAAAACGACAAUAAAAAAUCAAUCGAAAAUAAAAAAUGAUGAUGCUAGUUUUUCAAAAUCUUGUAUAAACUCAACUCCAAGAAAGAAGAAAAGAUGCAAUAGUGAAGAUUCGAUUAGUUAUUUUGAAACUCCUCCUUCAUCUCCGGUUCCUAGGAAGAAAAAAAUUGUGAAAAGGAAAUCGGAAAAUAAUGUAACUCCUUCACCGAAGAAGAUAAUUACAAUUUCAUCUAGAUCUGGUGGAAUUACAAAAAAACAAAUAGUUGCUAUCGAUAGCAGUGUGUUUGAGAAAAUAACGAUAAUGUAAUUCGAAAAAUUUUCAGGUAUUUCUGAAAUUGUUGGGAUUAUGAUGCUCAUAUUGGUCACAAAAUAGCGUUAUUUCAUCCUACAGAUUUAUAUUUUAUAUAAAAGCUGACGAUCAGUUGUUUCGAUUUACAAAAAGGUAUUAAACUGCAAAUCAGGUAUAUCGGAGGUCUCAAAUACAUAUCAGAAAGAUAAUAAACAGCAAGAAAUAUAUUGAAACUGGUCUUAGUAUGUUUCCCACUCUUCAGGAGUUUAAUGGGUAAUACUGAGUUUUUAAACUUUAUAUCAGAUGCAAAAUCUAAUACAGAGUUAUAAGCAUGAGAGGAAUUUUCAGCACUACCAUCAACUUUUCGUCGUAGCUAUUGAUCUGAAACAUAAAAAUCAAGUAUUUUCUUAAUGUUUGAACUAAAAGCAAGAUAAGUACGUGGUGGUUUAAAAAAAUAUCAAAUUUUAACAAAAUGGCGGAAGUUUGAAAAAAUAAUUUUUUUUCUAUUUAAAAAAUUAUGUAAAAUCGGUCGUAAAACAAAAAGUUUUUGAUUUAUUAAUAAGUAGGUCCCUAGAAAAUGAUGUCUGUCAAAGUUUUUUAUUAAUAGAAUUAAAAUUGACAGAAUAAUUGAAGUGGUAGUGUUGAAAAAAAUUUGAAAACGGUUCGACAAGCGUAAUGCAACGGUCAAAAUGACGCUACACCAAUACACUAACUCAAAGACAGUCCCUAAUCUCAAUAGUGCCAUCCAUAGUUAGCCGUGUAUACUAUUUACUGGUAAAAAUAAUUAUUAAGGGAUAUCUACGGCGGGUAAGCAUAUCGGAACGUCUCAUUCUACCGACCGCGCAGUGUGAUACCUAGCGUCUAAUGCUCAUAACUCGAGAAUAUAUUUUUUUUUCGAAAAAUCAUUCGAGCACCAUACCAUUUUAGCUAAAAAGAGGUUAUUUUACAAUGGUGUUACUCCUCAAUACUAAAGCUAAGAGUAGUUUUCUAUUUUUUCUUUGUUUACUUUGAUAAUUCGUUCUGUUCACUACGACUACUUAUUAUAAAUUGAAAUAAACUUCCAAAAGUUCUAGAAAAAUAGACCUUCCUAUAGAUUGUUCGAAAAAAAUAAUGUAAAUAAACCGCCUGAUAUAAAAACAAAAAUCAAACGAAUUCCGGGUAUUUCAUCAAAGGCGGCGCAUUCACCGCAUUUUAGAAUUCUAUUAUAUCCAAACAGGGCGGAGAUGAGUUUGUAAUUAUACUAAAACUGUAUUCACCUGCAAAUUAAUGCAUGUAAUAUUUUCAAUUGAUUUAUUUUUGUCUUAUCAGUUUUUAGGGAGUAUAAUGAAACACCAGAUUAGGAAUUUGUUCUAGAACAUCUGAAAAUUCAUUUAGUUUCAGGUUUUAAUAUGCAGGCGUUUCAGGUACAUGAUCAUUUUUCUUUUCUCAUCGGUAUUCAACUGAUUUCAAAAUUCUUCUCCACGGGUUGCGAUUUUGUAUUUUUGCGCUUCAAUUCGGUUUCACACCUCUGAUAUUCAAAAAUACCUCCAACUUUUUGUUGUUUUCUCUCCCCCUCUUUCUUGUAACUACCUAUGAGGAAGGACAAGAAAAAACUCAUGACACCGUUGGAAACAGUACUACCGGUGACUCUAAUGUGUUUGAAUUUGAUUGUAUUGUGAUGAAAAACAUGGUAUUCCAUAGAAUAACCUGUAUAUUAAAUUUUUAUUGUGUUAAAUAUUUGAGAAAAAUUAUUUUUAGAGUCAGUUCAUACUUUUCCGGCAACUUUUUACAUUUAGUCUACUAUAAUAUUGAAUAUAUAUUUUAAUGUUUAUAUUUAUAAGGAAUGUGUAUUUGAAUACUUUUAUAUUAUAAUAUUCGUUAACAAUAAAACAUACAAACCUGA